UGGCGGCGCACCGCCCCUUUACGCUGCCACCGCCCGAGCCCCACAGGGGCCUCCUCAGUGAGCGGUGGGGCGGGCGCCGGGGGAGAGAGAAAGAGGGGAAGCGGAGGGUUGGCUGCCUAAGCGGGUGACUUUGAGACCGCGGCUGUAGCCAAGAGGCCCCCGUUGGCAACGACUAGGACGCGGCUGCCGGCGCCAAAGAGGCAGCGGCGUUUCUGAGGGGGAAACGACGAGGCUUCGCUCCCCGCCGCCUCAGGCGGUUUCUUGCUGGCGAGAAUAGGAAGGGCAGCUGCCUGGGGAGCCACGGCUGCCGCCUCCGCACCUGUCUCUGAGCCGGUGGCCGAAGAGACGAGGCAGAAAGGCGACGUGUGGGAGUCGCCGGCGCCGCCGAGCACCUGGUUCGCUCCCCGCCUUCCCUUCCCUUCCCGCCCUUCCUCAGUCGGCUGCCUCUCAGGGGAGUCCGAGCCGGGCCAGCAGUGGGACCCGUAAGGCGACGAAGAGGAGGGGGCGCAGCGGCGGCAGGGCCGGGAAACCGCGGGUGGAGCCGCGACCUGCUUCGUCCAGGCAGACACCCGGAGGGACCUUUCUAAGCCGUCACUGACGCACUUGCUGGUGGAUCCCCUGUCCUUCCCUCCCUGCGAUUUCUCUCUCGGUGUGUCUGAAUCCUGGGUGGGAGGAAGAAACAUCUCUGCGGCAGGGGCCGGUGGCGCGAAGAGGAGCUGGAGCUGCAGCGUGGGCUGCAAGAUGAACCCCAAUGUCACCUACGCCAGCCGUAAGCGGCGGAAACCCGUGCAGAAAAUAAUGAAACCUUCCCCACCUGAGGGAGCCAAGUCAAACCCAUCAAAAAGACAUAGAGACCGACUGAAUGCAGAGUUAGAUCGCCUGGCUGGUCUUCUGCCAUUCCCUCAGGAUGUUAUUGCCAAGCUGGAUAAACUGUCUGUGCUCAGGCUCAGUGUUAGUUACCUGAGAGCCAAGAGUUUUUUUGAUGUUACAUUAAAAUCAUCAGGAUCUGCAAAACUUGAUAGAAAUGGCAUCCAGGACAACAGCCGAACAUCUAAACCAGGAGAAAAUAUACAUCUACUAGAAGGAGAACUUUUACUACAGGCAUUAAAUGGCUUUGUUUUGGUGGUCACAUGUGAUGCGCUCAUAUUUUACGUCUCUUCUACAAUCCAGGAUUACUUGGGUUUCCAGCAGUCUGACAUUAUACACCAGAGUGUAUUUGAAUUGAUUCACACAGAAGACAGACCAGAAUUCCAGCGCCAACUUCACUGGGCUCUUAAUCCAACACAACCUGCAGAUUCUGGACAGAUAAUAGAAGGCGAUAAUGGCUUUUCACAGUCAGCAACAUACUAUAACCCAGAACAUCUACCUCCAGAGAAUUCUUCGUUUAUGGAACGAAACUUUGUGUGCAGAUUACGCUGCCUUCUAGAUAAUUCUUCUGGGUUCCUGGCCAUGAAUUUUCAAGGGAGAUUAAAGUUUCUUCAUGGCCAGAACAAGAAGGGGAAAGAUGGGGCAGCUGUAUCUCCACAGCUGGCUUUGUUUGCUGUAGCCACCCCUCUUCAGCCUCCAUCCAUCCUUGAAAUACGUACCAAAAACUUCAUCUUCAGAACAAAGCACAAACUGGACUUCACACCCAUAGGAUGUGAUGCAAAAGGACGAAUUGUGCUGGGCUACACCGAAGCAGAAUUGUGCAUGAGAGGAACGGGAUAUCAGUUUAUCCACGCAGCUGAUAUGCUUUAUUGUGCUGAGAAUCAUGUCCGAAUGAUAAAGACUGGAGAAAGUGGUAUGACUGUAUUUAGGCUUCUUACCAAAGAAAAUCGAUGGGCCUGGGUUCAAGCAAAUGCACGACUGGUUUACAAAAAUGGAAGACCAGAUUAUAUUAUUGCUACUCAGAGACCUCUUACAGAUGAAGAAGGGUCAGAGCACUUACGGAAGCGAAACAUGAAGCUGCCCUUCAUGUUCGCAACAGGUGAGGCCGUCUUAUAUGAAGUGACAUUUCCUCAGCUUGGCUUAAUGGAUUCUUCUCAAACAAAGGCUAAAAGCAGCUUUGGAAAAGGAGCAGCUUCAAAGGCUACACAACCCAAACAGUCUGUUGAUCCCAGUUCACUUUUGGGUGCACUGAUGCAGCAGGAUGAAUCUGUGUACCGCUGCCCACCUGCUUCAAAUAAAAUUUCUUUUGAAAAGAACAUUUUUACAGAGACCAAGGAUGAACUGGGCGAUGCCAUUACCAGUGAUUGGCAGGAUAAUAUUUUGCCAGUAGGAAAUAGCAGCCUUCUGAAACAAGAGCAUACUGAGUGUCCACAGAAUAAUUUGAUGCUUCCUGAAAACAGUGUGGGGCUCUUUCAGGAUAAUAAAAACAGUGAAUUGUAUAACAUCAUGAAAACACUAGGCAUAGACUUUGAAGAUUUAAAAUGUUUUCAGCAGGAUGAAGAAUUUUUUAAAAACGAACUUUCUGAUAUGGAUGAUAUUAGAGAUAUUGACAUUACUGAUGAAAUCUUGACCUACGUUCAGGAUUCCUUAAAUAAGACUGACCUCUUAUAUCCAUGGUGCCAGCAGCAACAGCCUGUGGUUCAGAACACAAGCUGUUUAAUGCAGCAACAGUUGGAGCAACAGCCACCAGUGGCAGAACAAAGGCAGCUGUGUCAAAAGAUGAAGCACAUGCAGGUCAAUGGGAUGUUCACAAACUGGAACUCAGUUAACAGGAUGCCUCUUAAUACUUCACAGGAACAGUCACAUCCUUGUGUCUUUUCUGGCAUUCAAGAAUUGACUCAGGAGUUCCCUUACAAGUCUGAAGUCAACACUGGAUCAUAUGCAUGUAGGCAAGAGUUUAUCCCUUACAAACACCCCACGAACAUGGUGUCACAGAUUUCAGAUUUUGCACAGAUAGAUUUCCCAGUAGGAGGCUUUGACAGAUCAACAUAUUCAGGUUCUUCUGACCUGGAGGAUUUUCUCAGUUGUUUGCAACAAGUCCCUGAAAGUCAAGAUUCUGGAAUAAAUUCUCAGCAAGUUAUAGUAACUCCUCAGACAUGCUAUGCUGGUGCUGUGUCAAUGUACCAGUGUGUUUCUGAAAUGCAGACAGACUGCACGGAACAAAUGGAAUAUAAUCCUGUGGUGUCAGGACAGCGAACAUUACUAAGCAAGUUCCAGAACAGUUUUAAUGGAGGAAGCCUGAGUGAUGGAUAUCCACCACAGUUAGACGUCGUCAGCACCCAGCCUGUCACACAACUUCAGCCUAUUCAUCAUCCAACAGAAUCUAGAUCUUUCUCGGAUUUGGCAUCCAGUGGUUUUAUGUAAUUCAAGAGCAAAUUCCUGCAGAGAUUUAGAUCAUGAGUGGAUUUUUAAAAACUCAGAAUGGAGUUGGGUUGCACAUAUUUGCAUGCAUACAUAUAAGAUUUUGUCAUCUAGAACGUAAUGUUUAGAAGGGUGGAAGUUGGAGUUGCAAUCUAGGCCUAAAGUGUGCAUGGUAAUCUUCAGAAACUGAAAAUAUGCACUAGUGCAAUAUUAUGUACUGCAUCACAUUGUAGAACAUAAGAUAAGGCAAAUGGUUUUAUUGUUUUGAAGAAAAAAAUAGGCACUUUGAAAAUCUUAUUUGGGGUGGCAUAAGAAAAGAGUUUUCUUGGAUUUUUAAGAGCUUUUUAAAUAAAGCCAGUGUUCCAAACAGAAGAAUGAGUAAAGCGCUGGAUUUUAUUACAUAAUCUUUCUUUCCUUUAUAGUUGUUUACUUCAUUUAGUAUUUUUCAACUUCUCUUUUCACAUUACAUUUCAGGUUCUAGCACUUUAGUAGAAAGUUCAGUACAAGGAAUUUGAUAUGCAACUUUUGGUUUUGUACUACCAAUCCAUUCCUCAUUUAUGGUUAGCCUUAAGUGCCUCACAACUUAGCUACCUUAUUUCUAAAAAGGAGCACGUAUGGAGGGGAUCACUCUAAACUUAAUCAUUCAUACUUUGUGACAAUUCAAUAGCUACUUUGAUUUGGUUUUUUAAAGCAUCGUAUUCAUUCUGAAACAGUAUUCACUUAUCUUGAAUUUCAGAUAAUUCUCUAUAUGGUGAGUUUUUACAAGGUUAAAGACUAAAAUUUUGAUUUAUGUUUUUUCUGCAUUUUUCAGGUACAACAGGGUAAAACAAAUAUCUUGUAGGAGAAAAUUUCCUCAGGAUUAGCUUUGAAUCUCAAAUAAUGAACAAAGCAUGUGCCUUAUCUUGUGUUACAGUACUUAUUACCGUAAAUGGUCUUUUUAAAAAUUGCAAGGCCGCUCUAUGCAAAUACUUCCAUUAAAAUGGGUAUUGACAGUAUAAUUUUUAAAAACUAGUAGAAAGCAGUGUCUCAAUAGUAAAUAGUACUAAAAUUUACUUUUGUACAGAUUUCUACAUGGAGGGUCAUAUUUUGAUUGGCUGCUGCUUUUCAGCUAUUGAGAUGGGGAAGGGGAUCUGCUGGUAUUAAAUCUCCCUGACAAUUGCACUCUAAAGGAAAAAGCUAACUUUCUAUGUAUGUGAAUUCACUUUAACAGACUUUGUUCAAAAAACGAAUCUGAAAAUUUAUUUUAGUUCAGAUUUAGAAAUAGAAUCCUUGUAAUGAAAGGAUAUUUUAAACUUUGAAAAAAUAAAAAAUUGUGUUUGGAAUUUUAUCUGAGAAGUUUUAGAACUGCAGACACCAAUGUUUGGUGCUUCAUAGUAGUUUAAACGGGAGGUUGGAAAUGUGUAUAUGUUCAUAUAAUUGCACACUCUUACAUGCUGUAUGGUCCGUAUGUAAUAAACACUAUAAAUGUCUUUGUAAAAUAAUCUAUGCCAAUUAAUUUUGAAGUGUUAUACUAUAUAAAAUGUUUAUUACAUACCUAUAUAUAAUGUAAAUGACAGUUUAAAUUCUUUUAAAGGAAGAUAAAAAAUAAGCCAUGCCUUCCAGGGUGGUGGUCACAGUUUUCAUAAAAGAGCAAUUAACUACUCAAGGUUUUUAAAACUUAACCAAACAAAGAAAUAUUUGUAAAGACAUGGCUGUAUAGCAGUGGGGGAAACUAUUUGUUGGUCAGUUCAUUUAAGUUGCUGGGAAGCUAUUGAUACUAAGAUUUCAGACUUGGUUUCUUCCUGCUCAUUUCUCUGUCUGUGUUAAAUCACAGUUAAAUUUUGUUUCCUCUAGUUUGUAAUUUGCACUUCUUGAAAAGGUGAUAGAACACUUCAUAUAAUUUCAAAUUUAGGAGUCUAUCACUAAUUUAAAAAGCGUUAAAGAAAAUACCUUUCAAUUAAAUAGUAUUUUUAGUAACAGAUGUAAAGAAGUGUAGAUUGGGCCAUUAGUCUCAAAGUAUUUGAGGCUUUGGCUAUCACUAAAUGUAAUAGUUUAGAAGUAACUUGACUCUUCCUGAAUUUUUAAUGUACUCUUGUUUUUAAACAAUUUCUGUAGUAUAUUUUUGUCUGUUUUUUACAAGAAUAAUGUUAACAAUCAGUUAUAGAAAUACUGUAAAACUUAAAGGUUCAAAGGGAUGAUGUACAUUUUUCAGAAAAAAAAUACAAAAAAAUCAACAAAUCAAGACUUGUAUCAUGUUGCUUCUGCUAUACCAAAUAUCCCAUCACUAAGUGCCAAGGGUACAAACUGGUGUGUUGCCUUAUUGUAAGCUAGUGCAUAAUAUUGGUUUGUUUUCUGAAUUAGCUUCACUUACAUGCUAUAAACUGGUGUAUUGGUAGUCUACUGUUUUUCUAAAUCAAGAUAUUCUUCUCAAAAAGGAUAAAUUUAUUAUCCUGCCCCACACAACUACUUUCCCCAUUCCAAGCAAAUCAGCAUCUAAAUUCCAUCAGUAUUACUACCUAUUUUUGUAUAUUCUAUCUUAGUUUCCCCCCUUCUGUUCCACUUUGUCAUCUGUGUUAUAUCAUGCAAUUAAUUUCUUGUGUUAGGGUCUAAUUUUAUAGCACUUUUAAUGGCCUUCAGUAAAACUUGUAAAAUAAUAUAUGGUAAUAAAAUAUCACCUGAAUAUA